UGUAGGAAUUUUACACAGCCAGACAAACAAACGCAUUCCCUUAAGGAGCCGCGGGAGAGUUCCCAGAGAAUCGCCACCAAAAACCCGCCUGGAAGCAUCCUCUGUAAAUCCGCCGUGAAAAGCAGCAUUGCUAAUUAGCAGGCUGGAUGGAGAACGCCCUGAGAUAGACAGAAAGUGUUGUCACUUUAUUUGUGCGUGCUCCCCUGCAUCUUAAGGCGCAGCUCGGGCUCCCUGAGGAUCAUGUGAGGCUGGGUUAUAUAUGGGGAGCCGCGCUGUGGAGCUGCGAGUGUGUAAGCCCGGCAGCUGGGGAGUGUUAUGGUCGCUGCUUUCCUGUGCUAAGCUGAUUUACUUGUUUAAGGUCUGACCUCAUCAUCCUGUCAGUAUGGAUUCCCACCUAUACAGCUAACAGCAGCUCAGCAUCGCUCGCGGUGCAUUCAUCACGAGAGAGGCACAGGGCUGCCCGUGUUUGUUCUGCUGCUGCCUUUCCUUAAGAAGAGGAGUUGAAACAGAAGAGAUAACAAAGAAUCCAUUUCCUUCCUGAAAGAAUAGGCUUUUGUAUUUUUUUUUUCCUUCUUUCUGGAGAAAAAAAAAAACCAUGUCAGUGUCCGGGAAGAAGGAGUUUGACGUGAAGCAGAUCCUGAGGCUCCGCUGGAGGUGGUUCAGCCACCCCUCGCAGGGCUCCGCCGGCUCUGGGGGCUGCCACCAGCAGGAAGGCUUCGAGCACAGGGGCACCCCGGUGCAGAGCCGGCUGAAGAGCCACUCUCGGGACAGGAACGGGCUCAAGAAGAACAGCAGCCCCGUGCACCACAACAUCCUGGCCCCCGUGCCCGGCCCCACGCCGGGGCACCACCGCUCCAUCCACAGCUGGCACCAGCACAGCCUCAUCGAGCAGCUGCGCUCCAGCGAGGACAGCAGCAAAAACGGCGGCACCCAGGAAAACUCCGGCAAAGAGGAGUCAAGUAAAACCACGCAGGAGCUGCAGAUGAUAACAGAACAAAAUGCAGAUGAAUCUGCAGAGAGGCUGUCCACCACCAGCAGCUCUCUGGGGAUGGGCACCAACGGCUCUGAUGAGUUUUUCCAGUCCUCGAACCACGCAGAGCAAACGUUCCGCAAGAUGGAGAGUUACCUGCAGCAGCAGCAGCUCUGUGACGUGCUCCUCAUCGCCGGGGACCAAAGGAUCCCAGCACACAGGCUGGUUCUCAGUGCAGUCUCUGAUUACUUUGCUGCCAUGUUCACCAACGACGUGAGGGAAGCAAAGCAGGAGGAGAUCAAGAUGGAGGGAGUGGAUCCUGAGGCGCUGAGGGCUCUGGUGCGCUACGCCUACACAGGUAUCCUCGAGUUAAAAGAAGACACCAUAGAGAGCUUGCUGGCUGCUGCGUGCCUCCUGCAGCUCUCCCAGGUCAUCGAGGUGUGCUGCAAUUUCCUCAUGAAGCAGCUGCACCCCUCCAACUGCCUGGGGAUCCGCUCCUUUGGGGAUGCCCAGGGCUGCUCUGAGCUCCUCAAGGUGGCCCACACCUACACCAUGGAGCACUUCAUAGAAGUAAUAAAAAACCAGGAAUUUCUUUUGCUCCCAGCUAAUGAAAUUGCCAAGCUCUUGUCUAGCGACGACAUCAACGUGCCGGACGAGGAGGCAAUUUUCCAGGCCCUGAUGAUGUGGGUGAGGCAUGACCUGCAAACCCGCCAGCAGGACCUGGGCAUGCUCCUCUCCUACAUCAGGCUGCCCCUGCUGCCCCCCCAGCUCCUGGCUGAUCUAGAAAACAGCCCAAUGUUUGCAGACGACCUUGAGUGCCAGAAGCUGCUCAUGGAGGCCAUGAAGUACCACCUGCUGCCAGAGAGACGCUCCAUGAUGCAGAGCCCUCGCACCAAGCCCAGGAAAUCCACAGUGGGUGCCCUCUAUGCUGUGGGAGGCAUGGAUGCCACUAAAGGCACCACCACAAUUGAGAAGUACGACCUGAGGACCAACAGCUGGAUCCAGAUUGGGACCAUGAACGGGCGGCGGCUGCAGUUUGGGGUGGCCGUGAUUGACAACAAGCUCUACAUCGUGGGGGGCAGGGACGGGCUCAAGACCUCCAACAUCGUCGAGUGCUUCAACCCCGUCACCAAGGCCUGGACCGUGAUGCCGCCCAUGUCCACACACAGGCACGGCCUGGGAGUAGCAAUGCUGGAAGGACCAAUGUACGCAGUUGGAGGCCACGAUGGCUGGAGCUACCUGAACACGGUGGAGCGCUGGGACCCGCAGGCGCGGCAGUGGAAUUACGUGGCCAGCAUGUCCACCCCGAGGAGCACCGUGGGGGUGGCAGCCCUCAACAGCAAGCUGUACGCGGUCGGUGGGCGAGACGGGAGCUCCUGCCUGAAAUCCAUGGAGUGCUUCGACCCCCACACAAACAAGUGGAGCCUGUGUGCCUCCAUGUCCAAGAGGAGGGGAGGCGUUGGUGUGGCCACCUACAACGGGUUCCUGUACGCCGUGGGAGGCCACGACGCUCCUGCUUCCAACCACUGCUCCCGCCUGUCCGACUGCGUGGAGAGGUAUGACCCCAAAACGGAUGCCUGGACCACGGUGGCCCCGCUGAGCGUGCCGCGGGACGCGGUGGGGAUCUGUCCCCUGGGGGACCGGCUCUACGCCGUGGGCGGCUACGACGGCCACUCCUACCUGGACACCGUCGAGUCCUACGAUGCUCAGAACAACGAGUGGACAGAGGAAGUUCCUGUCAACAUUGGCAGGGCUGGAGCGUGUGUGGUUGUUGUGAAGUUGCCCUGAGGAUUGUAAAUUACCAUGAAACUGAACUGAGUGGAGUCUCAGAAGUGAAGAAACAUUUCCAGGACAGUACAGACUGCUCACACCUCAGCAUCCCUCCCUCACAGACAAUAUUUAUCCCUGAGCCAUCACACCAUUGCAGCACAGAAGUGUCUUCCUGCAUCACAAAAAUCAGAAAACUUUGCAGAAGUGAAUGACUUUGUUAUGCCUAAUAUGUAAAAUCCAGUAAAAUGGUUUAAAUGUUUGAAUGGUUCAGGUUUGUUACAAAAUUGUAUCUGUUAUUUAUAAAUUGCAGCAGUGAGAGCUGUGUAUAAGAAUUCAAAAACUUUUUUCCUUUCUAUGUUGUCAGGAAUGCUAAAGUUUAUAAAAAAUCUUUUGUAUUUUAAGUACGUGAAAAUGACUAUGAAACACCUCCAACAGGGAACUGCACAAAAAGAAAUAUUUACUCCUAAGUAUUACUGUUAACAGAAUAUUCUCUGCAGAAGCAACUUAAUUUCUAUACUCAGAAAUUAAGCUCUUAAAUUAACUUUAAAAUCAAAUCAGAGAAGCAGAUAAUUUAUUUGUUCUUUACCAUCCAGCACUGCUAGAACUGUGACAGAAUUUCCUUUUUUGCAGUGUAUUAAACUGAAUAGUAGGGCUAAGAUACCUUUAUCCCAUUAUGUGCCAGCAGAAAGAAAUCUCUCUUGUCAAAGCAUAAUGCAAAUAUAAUUUGCAAUAAUUUUCAGUGCAUAGAUUUGUGAUAUUUUAAUGCUGCUCUGUGUCAGGUUACUCAUGGAUUUCUCUUUGCCCACUAACCAUCUGUCAGUAUGUGUUAAACUAACCUGACUAUUCUUGGGAUAAUAACCAUGCAUUAAAUUUUAAAACAAUCACGUGAUUACAUUCCUUGAAUAUAAGUUACAAAAUGAAAUUUUUAUAUCAUAUUGAUAUGACAAUCUUUGACCUCAGCUGAAGAUUACCAGCUUUCUCUCAUGUACAGUAGAAAUAUGGUAAGGAAUAAACCACACCCACUGUGUAACUUUAGAUACCAUUUCUGUAAACCUGUUUAUGUUCUAUCUGGAAUUAGUGGAAUGAUGAAAAUCAAGAGCAAACAGGAAAAGGAUCACCUGAGAACAGCACAUGAUAUUCCACUUGCAUGAUAUUUUCUUUUUUGUGUGCCAAUUUCUACUGUUUUGCUUUAAUUUCAUUUUUUAUAAUUUCAAAAUGCUGAAAGUGUAUUCUAGAAAAAAGAAUGUAUGUAAAAUAUUCUAUGCUGUAAAGCACAAUAAUCGGUCAGUAUCCACCUCAGUGUUUGUUAUGUUGAUGUUUUGUCAGUAUCAGAAAAUUCAGGACAGAGACAAAGAUCUCUGAAUGUGUAGGCCAACUUUCCUGAUAGAAUACUGUGGUUUCAGAUUUUAGCAAUAUGCUAUUUUAAAACAAAUUUAUAGUAUUGAACUUAUUGAAUGCCUCUAAGGAAAAAAAAUCUCAUAAGCAUAUUUAUAAAAAAAAAGAACAUUUUUAACUUUAAAAAUCAAUUAUGUUUAUAUAUAGCAUGCUACAUUCAAAUAAACUUUACUUUCUCUGCUAAGAAAUUUUGGACUAUAUUUUAUAUUUGGACUAUGCUUUCAAAACUAGAAGACACAGAAGCAUCAAUCUCAUUUUUGUACUCCAAAAGAACAAAAGAUGCACAAAAAUCCCCUUGUAAAGAAAACCAGCUCCUGGGUUCCAGAAGUCACAUCAGAAGAACAUCAUUAAAUAUUUUAAUUUCCCAGCAGAUCAAGGAUCUGAAGCAAACACAAGGGGCCAAGCACAGACAGAAUCUGCCCGUGGCACUGGGGAGUGGGAGCUGGGAGUUGUUCCUCUCUCCCUGUCCAUGGGAAGCUCUCUGUCCACAUACCCAGAACACCUUCUUGCAGCAAACACCAACUUUUAAGCAUUAAUAAUAAAAGUUCUAACAUUUCUCCCUUAUUCUUUGUCAUCCUGCUUUGGCCCUGCAACAGCCACGUGCAAUCUUUUAUAUGAAUAAGGAUUUGUGUGGAUGCAGGGAGAGGGUCCCUGCUGCUUUUCACUCAAGCUAUAAAUCAUGCUUUUCCCCUAAAACAGCACACUCUGCUUCCAGGAACCAGCACAGCCCCAUGUGUUUGGAAAACACU